CCUCAAGCCGCCGUCCCGCAAUCAGUCAUGGAUCAGGUAAUGCAGUUUGUUGAGCCAGGUCGGCAGUUCGUAAAGGACUCAAUUCGGCUGGUUAAAAGAUGCACCAAGCCCGACAGAAAAGAAUUCCAGAAGAUUGCCAUGGCCACAGCCAUAGGAUUUGCUAUCAUGGGAUUCAUUGGCUUCUUUGUGAAACUGAUCCAUAUCCCUAUUAAUAACAUUAUUGUGGGUGGCUGAGUGCUUUCUCUUCUCUGGAAUUAGGAGCAAAUGAGGGUGUGAGA